CAACACCGAACACCGCAAAAAAAUCACAAAUUUCAAUGAAAUUAGACAUAAUAUUUCAAAUUUUAUAAAAUGUAACUAAAUUAACACGUUAAUUCUAUCUUCAGUGUUGUUCAAUCUCAAUAGUGCACCUUGGAGAUCUCAUAUUGUCUGACUUUUGUGCUACUUCAAUCGUCGAAAUUACAGUCGAUAGUUUGAUCAAUUCACCUCAUCAUGAUUACCGUUUCACCGAAAUGUACAGCUCUCGGAGCUCUAUUCAAAAAUAUUCAAAUGGCUCAGUUCACACUACAAAUGCGAGGUUUAAAAUACCUAAAACCACCACCAAAUUUCGAUCAUAUCGAAAUGCCGGAGAAUACUAAACUAAAAACAGUUCCAAAGGUACCGAUAUACCCGAAUAAUCAGAGACCUCCCAAAAUGAUGAAACAGCUGCAUCUAAUUCGUGGUCCAGAAUUGGUUCAUAAUAAACUAGUCCACAAACAAUACGGUGUAGCUGCUGUACGUGGUGGUCGAAUGAAACACGUUCAUUUCGAAGUUAUAAGAUUAGCUUUAUUGAAGAAAUUAGAUUAUACAAGAAUGUUCGCUGUGUGGAGAGUUGAUGCACCUUGGCAAUCGUGUACCAAAAGACCUGUUGGUAUCACUGCUGGAGGAGGCAAAGGUCAUAUUCAUCAUUACGUUACGCCGGUAAAAGCCCAUAGAAUUAUUUUCGAAGUUGGUGGACAAUGUGAAUACGCAGAGGUGGAAUAUUUUCUUAAAGUGAUCGCGAAUAAAAUGCCAUUCGCUGCUAGAGCCGUUAGUCAAGAACUGUUGGAGAAAGAAGAGCUAGAAGCGGAAAAAAUCAAAGAACGGAAUAUGAAUAUUUAUAAUUACGAAUACCUCAUUAAAAAUAACGUUCUCGGUUGUAGAAGAUGGGUGAAAGAAAUCGAUUACAAGCAUUUCGGCAAAUAUUUGUAAUAUUAUGUACUAUAAAUAAUUCGUUGAUUAAUAAAUAAAUCAUCAAAAUUUUA